AUGAAUACUCCUCUUCACAUAGAAGUUGUGCAAAAGAGACAAAGUCUUGCAAGUAAAGAAUUUAUCAAAGAUAUUGUCCACUCUUACCUCGCUCAUUUUGUUUUAUUAUCUCCCGGCACAACAAUCAAUAAUAAUGAAUUGGAAGAGAAUCUAGACUUAAAAGAGCACGUACAAUGUAUUACUUUCUGUGAUAUCGAACACGAUUCCGACAUAAAUGUAGCAGAAUGUGAACUGAUUUAUCACGUCUAUACCUUGGACCGUUUCGGUGCGGAAACAGAUACUAUGACAGAUGCAGCGUCUGGGGAAGAAAUAGCAGCAGCAGACGUAUGGGCUCUUCCGACUGAAGAAUUUCAUGGUUUAUGGGAAAAUCUGGUAUAUGAUUCAAAACUGAAAGAAGAUACACUUCGUUUUGUCGAGACUGCAUUUGAAUUCGCCGAUCGAGGUGUAGAUCCUAAUGUUAUAGGCUGGAAUCGAGUGGUGUUGUUACAUGGGCCACCAGGUACUGGAAAAACUAGUUUAUGUCGAGCUCUAGCACAAAAGUUAGCCGUGCGAUUAGGAGAUAGAUUCCCGCGCGCGCGUCUUCUCGAAAUAAACGCCCAUGGUUUGUUUUCAAAGUGGUUCUCGGAAAGCGGGAAACUCGUAGCGAAGCUUUUUGAUCGAAUACGUGAAAUCGUUGAAGAUCGACGUCUCCUCGCGUGCGUGCUCGUUGAUGAAGUGGAAUCACUGGCGCACGCACGGCACGCGGCGCUCGCUGGACUUGAGCCUUCCGAUUCGAUAAGAGCCGUGAAUGCUAUAUUGACGCAAUUAGAUCGGUUGAAGCGCCACCCGAACGCCCUCGUCCUGACCACUUCCAACGUGACGGGCGCCAUCGACAUCGCGUUCGUGGACCGGGCGGACAUCAAGCGGCUCGUAGGGCCGCCGUCGGAGCGCGCCGCGUACGAGAUCCUGCGCGGGUGCUGCGCGGAGUUGAUGGCGCGCGGCGUAGUGGCGCCGCGCGAGCAGCUGUUCGCUCUGCGCGUGCUGGAGGCAGCGCGAUUCGCCGACACGGAGGGAUCGCGCGCGUCGCUGCGGCUGUGGGCGGUGGCGCGCGCGGCGGCAGCGGCGACGCUGUCGGGCCGCGCGCUGCGCCGCCUGCCUUUCCUCGCGCGCGCCUUGCACACGCGUCACGAGCCCACACUGGCACAAUUCAUAGACGCUCUGCAUGCUGCCGUGCAGCAGCAGCUCCGUGAUGCUAAGGAUUUAAUGAACGAAACCGUUUUAUCCAAUGAUACUGCAAAUGGUGAGCCACCUUUAAGGACUAAG